AUUUCAACAGCGAUGGCGAUAACUAACGCCUUCUAAGCGCUUACUACAAUCAGCAUUACAUCACAUAGUUCUUGCAAGACGUUACCGGAAAGGUACAAUUACCAUCCCCCCUAUGAGAGGACCUCGGAUCUCAAGGCUGAGGCCAUAGGACCAGUCGGUGGCCGGCUCGCCACAGGCGCCCGUACUUUUUAAGGCCUCACGGGCACCGCCAGGUGUCCCAACACCGGGAAGAGAAUUUUGCCCAAAGUAACGAAGAACACGGUUACCUUGACAACCGGCGGGCUGCCAAACCGACUACGACGCUCCCGGCGUGCCCUGCGCUACGCGGUGCCGGAAGUGAGUGAGCACUUCCGGCCGCCAUUCCUGCGCCUCUGAAGUCUUGUGUCUCUUUGCUGGGUUCUUUCUGCAAUCAUGAAGGACGUGCCGGGCUUCUUACAGCAGAGCCAGAGCUCCGGGCCUGGGCAGGCCGCCGUAUGGCACCGUCUGGAGGAGCUCUACACGAAGAAGUUGUGGCAUCAGCUGACACUUCAGGUACUUGAUUUUGUGCAGGACCCAUGCUUUGCCCAAGGAGAUGGUCUCAUUAAGCUUUAUGAAAACUUCAUCAGUGAAUUUGAACACAGGGUGAACCCUUUGUCCCUGGUAGAAAUAAUCCUUCAUGUGGUUAGACAGAUGACUGAUCCUAAUGUGGCUCUUACUUUUCUGGAAAAGACACGUGAGAAGGUGAAAAGCAGUGAUGAGGCAGUGAUCCUGUGCAAAACAGCAAUCGGAGCUCUGAAAUUGAAUAUUGGGGACCUACAGGCUACAAAGGAAACAAUUGAAGAUGUUGAAGAGAUGCUCAGCAGCCUCCCUGGUGUGACGUCAGUUCACAGUCGUUUCUAUGAUCUCUCCAGUAAAUACUACCAAACAAUUGGAAACCACGCAUCUUACUACAAAGAUGCUCUGCGGUUUCUGGGCUGUGUUGACAUCAAGGAUCUACCAGUGUCGGAGCAGCAAGAAAGAGCCUUCACACUGGGACUUGCGGGACUUCUCGGCGAGGGAGUUUUUAAUUUUGGAGAACUUCUCAUGCACCCUGUGCUGGAGUCACUGAGGAACACUGAUCGGCAAUGGUUGAUCGACACCCUCUAUGCCUUCAACAGCGGCGAUGUAGACAGGUUUCAGACACUGAAGACUGCCUGGGGCCAGCAGCCUGAUUUAGCAGCCAAUGAAGCCCAGCUUCUGAGGAAGAUCCAGUUGUUGUGCCUGAUGGAGAUGACUUUUACACGGCCUGCCAACCACAGACAGCUUACUUUUGAGGAAAUUGCCAAAAGUGCUAAAAUCACAGUGAACGAGGUGGAGUUGCUGGUGAUGAAGGCGCUCUCCGUGGGGCUGGUGAGAGGCAGUAUAGACGAGGUGGACAAGCGGGUGCACAUGACCUGGGUGCAGCCCCGCGUGCUGGAUUUGCAGCAGAUCACAGGGAUGAAAGAUCGGCUGGAGCUGUGGUGCACUGAUGUGAAGAGCAUGGAGAUGCUGGUGGAGCACCAGGCCCAGGACAUCCUCACUUAAGGACCCUAGUGCCCCCUGCCCUUCCAGGAGACGUUCUAUCACCCAUGAAACUAGCAGGAUAGAAGAUGUACAUUGAAUGGGCUGGGGGCUGGGAUCCUGCUAAUACGGUUCUUGCUGUAAAAGCAGAGGACCUCAUUUAUUGGGCCUGGCCUCAGGUGAUAAGGGAGGGCAAGAGCAUAAGUGGGAAUGGGUGGUCUCCACCCACAUCUGCCUGAGUGGACCUUUACCAAUGCAGUUCGAGAACGUUCCUAUAAUAAAUGCCUUGCUUUGUCGUG